AUGACCGCCGACGAUAUCUAUCCGUCCGACACCGACGUGUCGAUGCACUCCAAGGUGUGGUCCACCUUGAUCACAAACAGGAAGUACCUCGAGGGCCUGCUGACUCUGGACUUCUCGCUGAAAAGGGCGCAAUCCAAAUACCCCCUAAUUGCGUUGUACACCUCGCAGCUGGACCCCAAGUCGGUGCUGGAGAUCCGUCGGCGAGGAAUCCCCAUCAUGCAGGUCGACGCGUUGAUCCCCACCAAGUCCAAGGAGUUCGGCCACGAUUCCAGGUUCUACGAUACCUGGUCCAAGUUACAGCCGUUCAAGCUCACGCAGUUCCAGAGAGUCAUCCAAUUGGACUCCGAUAUGGUCGUGAUCCGCAACAUGGACGAGCUCAUGGACCUGCGCCUCGACGACCACCUUGCCUUUGCCGCCAGCCCGGCGUGUGUGUGCAACCCUUUGAAAUUGGAGCACUAUCCGAGAAACUGGAUUCCGAAAAAUUGCUCGUACACUAAUUACCACGCGAAAAUCGAGGAAUCCGUGUGCCAGGACGACGAGUUCCGCGACAUCAAGGGUCCGGACGCGCGGUAUGGACUCAAGGCCUGCAACGGUGGCCUGCUGAUCGUGAAACCCGACAUGGACAAUUAUAACAAGAUCCUGGAAACGCUAUCGCGGCCGGAGAAAACGGCGUCGUACGACUUCCCAGACCAGGAACUGCUCUCGGACGUGUUUCGCAACCGCUGGCUGGGGCUGUCGUACAAGUACAACUGCCUGAAAACCCUGAAAAAAUGCCACGCCGAUGUUUGGGACAUCGACGAAAUCAAAAACAUCCACUACAUCAUCACCCCCAAGCCAUGGGAGGUGAACAGGGACACUUUUAUCGACGAGACGGGGACGUUCGAGUUCUGGUGGAAGAUCAACGAUGAGAGACUAGAAGCGGAAAAAAUGAAUAAUGUCUGA